AUGGAUCCGCUAUCGGCAGCUAGCGGCGUUGCCGGCCUCUUGUCUCUGGGCAUCACAAUUUGCAAAGGCCUCCACGUCUACUGCCGAGACUAUCAGUCGAAAGACGACGACAUACGUCUUCUUAGUCAGGACGCAGAGAGACUCGAAUCCUUCCUACAAAUGCUAGACAUACGACUAAAAUCAGGGAGUCAGAUCGACUUGACGCUCAAGAAUGCUCUGGAUGAGUGCUACAGUGCCUGCAAUUUAUGCAUGCAAGACUUUAAAGUUCUGAGCACAAAGUAUUCUCGACCUCAAACAAUCCAAGGUCUUAAGCAGCACGGGAAGGCUGCUGUACGGCAUUUGCAAUAUCCUUUCCAAAAGGAUAGAUUUGACGUUCUCAAGGCUCAGAUGCAAGAAUUCCACAUAGCUUUGUCAAGUUGUUUACUAUUACUGAACCGGUAA